AUGACCACCAGCUUCCAGGAGCCCCCGCCCGAGGACACGGUGGCCCUUCUGCACAGGGCCAAGGAGCCGGGCGGAGAAGCGGCGGCCAAAGGCGAACUGAGCCCGGCUUCCAGCAAAGCGGUGGCGUCCAUCGGAACCGCGACGGCAGCGGCAGCGGCGGCGGCGGCGGCGGAGAAGAGCGACCCGACGCAGAAGCCGCCCUACUCCUACGUGGCGCUGAUCGCCAUGGCCAUCCGCGAGAGCGCCGAGAAGCGCCUGACUCUGUCCGGCAUCUACCAGUACAUCAUCAGCAAGUUCCCCUUCUACGAGAAGAACAAGAAGGGCUGGCAGAACAGCAUCCGCCACAACCUCAGCCUCAACGAGUGCUUCAUCAAAGUGCCGCGAGAGGGCGGCGGAGAGCGCAAAGGCAACUACUGGACGCUCGACCCGGCCUGCGAGGACAUGUUCGAGAAGGGCAACUACCGCCGCCGCCGCCGCAUGAAGAGGCCCUUCCGCCCGCCCACAGGCCACUUCCAGCCGGGCAAGAGCCUGUUCGGGGCCGCGGCGGAGGCGGCCGGCUACGGUUACCUCACGGCGCCACCCGCCAAGUACCUGCAGGCGCCUUUCCUCAACGCCGCCGCUUCCUGGUCCUUGGCGCAACCCGCGCCGCCGCCGCCUCAGGCGCCCUCGGCCGCUUCCUACGGGGCCUGUCAAAUGGCAGCUGUGGAGGGAGGCGGCGGCGGCAGCCCCGGUGGCAACGGCGGCAGUCCUAUCAGCGCCGUGAAGGGAAUGGGACUCUCGGCCGGGCCCGCCGGCGCUGCCUCAGCCUACGGCCCUUACUCGCGCCUGCCCGCCAUGGUGAACUCGUACAACGGCAUGGGCCACCACCAUGCCCACCACCACCCGCACCAGCUGGGCGCGGCCGCAGUAGCGGCGGCCGCGGCCGCGGCAGCUGCCGCCUCGGCGGGAAAUCCUUCCCCUCAAGCGGCGCCCAACGGAGCCGCCGGCCUGCAGUUCGCCUGCGCGCGCCAGCCGCCCGAGCUGACCAUGAUGCACUGUUCGUACUGGGACCACGAGAGCAAACACAGCGCCUUGCACCCCCGGAUAGACCUCUGA